CAUUCCCAACAACUUCCCUUCCGUCCCGUCUUUUACACUGCCCAUGAAUUUCCAAGUUAAACCGCGGCAUCCAAAUUCAAUUAAUAUCAUUUCCUCGCGAUCAAAGUAUGUUCUUCCCUUUUAAUUGACGAAAACUGAAAAAAGAAUGGGAAAGGAUUGAAAGAGAGAUGUCAGAGAAAAACAAAAGCGAUGAUGGGGGGCAGAGCCUAAUUCAUUUGCAAGGAUGGCACACUUUUAUCAUAAUGGUGGGUGGGGCGUCUCUCUGUUUUCUUAUGUCAAUUCUAAUCAUUUUUUACUAUGUUUACUUGCGCUUCUACUCCAACACCCAACGGCAAAGUCGUAGCCGGAGCUCCGGGAUCCCGUGGGCCGAACAACACUACUUUUUCACGCCGGCAACAGAAGGCCUGUGCAAACAGGCGUUAGACGCUCUGCCGGUUUUUGUCUACAACCCGGAAAAUUUCAAAGACGGUUUACGCUGUGCCGUUUGCUUGUGUGAAUUUGAGGAGGAGGAGACGGGCAGGCUGCUGCCCAACUGUAACCACAGUUUUCAUUUGGAGUGUAUUGAUAUGUGGUUUUCUUCUCAUUCCACCUGCCCUAUUUGCAGAGCCGCCGUUGAAAAGGAAUCGGGGGAGGUCAUGCAGUCUCCUCCUGUUAGUACUGUACAAUUUGGUAUCUCUGUAACAGCAGCAGCAGCAGCAGCAGAGGAAGAAGAAGAAGAAGAAAAUCUAAAUGGUGCAGGAGACCCAGAAAAAGGAAACGUAAACCAGCACGGCACUGAUGAGGAGAGUAAUAUUGUAACGGAAAUAGGAAUUAAUAUUCAUGAUAUUCCAUCUAACGGAAAGUAGGGUCAAAAUCUGUUUUGAUCUUUAAUCAAAAACGGAAAGUAGCGUUACCUUAUUCAUUCAUAUCAUUAGUUAAUGUCAAAAUGAAAAAAUUGUAAGGCAUAGACCUUUUUUAAAGGUUUAGCUAAUUUUUCUAGUCCGUAGGAAUUUCCAAGUAAUAUGUUUAAACGAGAGCUUAUGUUAAUAUAUGUAUAUAUUUCUUGAAGUUUUGGUAAAAUAUUUUGUAA